AAUGCAGACUUUGUCAACCAGUCACUGGUCGAUCCAAGUCAAACACCACCGCCAUCACCACCAUCCCAAUUUCAAGUUCUUCAACACCCUCAAUAUGGCUUCCUCUGCUCGGACCUACGUUAAGGGUUAUGGCAUUGACCGGGCGAAGAUCAUGCAUUUCUUGAAUACUGAGGAUUCCCAGGACAGCAGAAUCGACAGAGUCGUGUUCAAGAUUCUGGACUACAUAGACAAAACAGAGCAUCCAAUCUGCGGAGGGCACACAUUGGACGACAACAUCAACAUGAAUGUCAUUGCUUUCGGAAACAAGGCUUUUGGAGAUAAUCUGGAUGAGUUGAAGAAGAAGGAACUCACCCCUCCAAAGUAUUUGCAGAAGGCGAUGGGGUUUCUGAGGGGUCCUGAGGUGUUUGAGUUCGUUGCAUGGUA